CGUUUAUCUGCGCCCGGUUUAGUGCUGUGCAAAUGACAAACUAAUUGCGGGUGGCUUGCCGGUUAUCGCGAUAUAGACAACUCCGCGGCCUAAGUUUUACCACUUCCACAGAGUAUGGUCGGAAUUAUUAGUUCCGGUGUUAGGCUUGCCGGGUUCCGCCUUGGCUUGGCACAUCUCUUCCGACGAUCGGUGCUAAAAGCGAAAGUGGCACCUUAUUCGAUCCGAUCACCCUCUAGUAUCGGUACCGCGAUAGCAAUCCGUAGUACCACGAUGGGUUCUACCGGUAGUGUGCUGCCCGGAAUUCUUCACUCAAACUCCAAACGAGGCAAAUCUUCCUCCAGCAGCGACCGCCCGGAGUCACUAACGAUGGAAAAAAAGGAAGAGCUGGUCGCAAAGUUGACGCCGCUGCAGUACCACGUGACGCAGGAAGCCGGCACCGAGCGUCCAUUCACCGGAAAGUACAAUAAAUUCUACGAGAAAGGUACCUACAUCUGUGUGGUGUGUAGCCAGGAGUUGUUUAGCUCUGAGACGAAGUACGACUCCGGGUGUGGUUGGCCAGCGUUCAACGAUGUGCUCGACCGGGGCAAGGUGACGCUGCACACCGAUCCCAGCAUUCCCGGGGGCAAUAUCCUAUUGUUAAUCACACAACCAGGCCGGAUGCGGACGGAGGUACGGUGCGCGAAGUGCAGCGCCCACAUGGGCCACGUGUUCGAGGAUGGGCCGCCACCGACCCGAAAGCGUUACUGCAUCAAUUCGGCCGCGAUCGAGUUCAUGGCCGCCGGUUCCGAGCGAAAGGAUGGAUCGAGCUAGGAAGGAGGUUCGAAGAAAGAUUCUCAUUGAUUGACGAGACGCCAAAGGAGAAACCGGACACAGCGCAGACGAUGGAGGGGGUGUUUGGCUUGAAAAUAAAAGUGCCACGAGGAAGCGGUCCCGGUUCCGAUCUGAUACCGUGUGCCAGAGAAACAAAGAUACCGAGAGAUGGUGAACAACGGAAUUGACGGAAAACCUGUGUCCCAACGUGCCGCCGCCGUUGGAAGCGAAUGGGGUUUCCUAGGACGAAAAAUCUCGACAACGAUGUGCUGCUUUUCCAUUCGUGCUUCGUUUUUCUUUCCUUUGUACAUCAUACAUGCAUCGUAGGGUUAGGGGUUGAUUGCCCAAAAAUUGUGAGGCGCGUCGUAGCGUGAAACUGCUUGCGAGUUCCAAAGAAACACGUGGAAGGAAUAUUGGAACGAACUGAACCGAAUUGACAGCCAUUAUUUUCGGGGAAAAAUAAAUAACCUGAUAUUUGGGUACGGGUAGC